AGCAUAAAGUAUCCAACGCUUUGUGAGGCUAUCCACAAACUAGCCGUGUCUCCAUCGCCUUUGUUCGGAUGUGUGUCAAACGCCUGCAUGUUCGCCACGUGUUCCGUCUUCUCUCGUCACUGUGCUUUAACAGCGCCGACAAUGGGGGAGCCUUCGAUGGCAGGGAAAAAUAUCGUGGCUGCUGUUUCAUCCUUACAUUUGAGACGGCUCUGAGCUCAGCGAAGUCGUUGAAGCAACCCAGUUGUCUUUAAUUUUUCCCAUAGAAAAAGAGAACCGAUCCAAUAAAUUUCACCUUUUUUUUUCUUUCUAAAAAGAAUAAUUAAAAUAAAAAAUCUUGAAAAUUCGCGGACCAAACAAAAUUGAAUCAUUUUAAUUUUGAUUAACUUCAAAAUUAAAAAAACUUAAAAAGGAAAAAAAAUAAAGAAUAUCUAGGAGACACCGAAAAGACGUUGUUCUGUUUCCGACUCAGCUUUGUAUGGAACGAGAUGGGCAAGAAAUGGCGGCCAAUGAAUUACCAGAGACUGCUGAAUUCAAAAGAAAGGACUUAAUUUUUCCUUUGAAAUCAGAAGGUCACAUUUUGAUGGAAUCGCUAAUGAAUGGUUUGAGUCGCUUUGCACCUCAAUAUCCUGGGACUUCUAUGAAUGAGACCGAGACCGAGACUGGUAUAAUAGUCGAAGAAUUGACUGUGGAAAACUAUAAGAGCUCAACUUUAAGUUUAACCAAGAACUGGAACAACUUAAGGCAGGGUCAGAGGGAACGAAUGUAUCAUAAUCAAAGGCUGGAACACGAGUUUUUAGAUGAUGAAAACGCAAACCAUGUCUUGUUGAGAGCAAAAGAGCAACUUGCAAGAAUGUCUUAUGAGAACCAUAAGAGCAAGGAUAUUGACCAGACGACAGGGGGAAUGGCUCUGCAUUUGAAGGCUACUGAUGACCACUUGGGUACCUCGAGCAAUUCAUUGUCAGUUGCAGCUGCUCGGUUGAAAAUGUCAUCUAGGCCUAGCUUUUCUCAGUUAUUUGUCAAGAAAGGUAUGAAAGGAAAGGACAUUAUCAGAAGAGACCCACAUGACCAGCCUUGUUUACUUGGGAUUGAUAGGUCUACUACUGACCCUUGCCCCAAUGCGAUUAGUUUGAGGGAAUGGCUAAAACUAGGGAGUCGAAAAGAGGAUAAAGUUGAAAGCCUGAUUAUAUUCAGGCAGAUUGUGGAGCUGGUGGAUUCAGCACAUUUGCAAGGAGUUGUCUUGCAAGACUUACGACCAUCCUGUUUCUGUUUAUUACCACCUAAUAGGGUAAUCUAUACUGGUCAGUCUGUCAAGCAAGGACUAGAGUCUGCAGUAAAUAAUGAUUUGAAGAGGAAAAGGGACCUGGAACAAGGUAUGAAUGCUUCCAAUUGCAGACGAGGUACAAAGAAGCUAAAGCACAAUGAGAACAUGCAACCUCCUGGAUACAAAACAGAAUUCGCCUCUCCUCAUGGAUCCAAGACCGAGAUGCAAAAAAAUAUUGGCUUUUAUACAUCUAUUAAGCAACAUUCUACCUCAUUUCUCAACCAGCCUCCAACUUUCCACUAUGCUACACCAUCUGUUGUGCAGUCUAUUUCUGCAGCUAUACAAAUGGAGGAGAGGUGGUAUGCUUGCCCCGGGGAGCUCAAUGGAAGAAGCCUUACAUUUUCAUCAAAUAUAUAUAGCCUUGGGGUUUUCCUUUUUGAGUUGCUAUAUUGUUUUGAAUCAAUGGAGCAGCAUUCUGCAAUGAUGUCAGACUUGAGCCAGCGGAUUCUUCCACCAAAUUUCCUUUCAGAAAGUCCCAAGGAAGCUGCCUUUUGUCUUUGGCUUCUUCAUCCUGGACCUCUCUCUCGUCCAACAACUAGGGAAAUCUUGCAGUCUGAUUUAUUUUGUGGAUCCCAAGAAAAGAUUAGCGGGAAUAAUUUAUCAGAAUCUCCUGGUAAUGAUGUUGCUGUAUCAGAGAUAUUACUACAUUUUCUAACUAAACUAGAAGAACAAAAGCAGAAGCGUGCCUCCAAAUUGAUGGAAGAGAUUAGGUUCUUAGAAGAAGAUAUUAAGGAAGCUAAGAGAAGGCAAGCAUUAAGGACAUCCUCAGUUUUCCCUCAAAUACAAAAUGGAUUUCCUGAUGCAGGAAAAAAGUGGAUGCAUUCUGAAAAUCCUGGAACUUCAGUUGCUCAUUGUGUACCAAAUUUGAAGUCAGAUGUAAAUGAUGGAUGGUUGUCGAAAAAUAUCUGGCAACUCGAGCAUGCCUACUUCUCCAUGAGAUCCCAAAUCCACUCUUCUGAAACUGCUGCUGCAGCAGUCUCUGACAAAGACUUACUGAAGAAACGAGGCAAGUUGUCUGAGUCACAAAGUGAGAAUGGAAAGCUGAGAAUGAAUCAGAAAUCUAUUGAUCCCCUUGGGAGCUUUUUCAAAGGUUUGUGCAAGUUUGCUUGCUAUAGCAAGUUUGAAGCCUGUGGAACAAUAAGAAAUAGAGACCUUCUAAACUCUGCAAAUGUGAUAUGCACUCUUAGUUUUGACCGUAAUGAGGAUUAUAUUGCUACUGCUGGCAUAUCAAAGAGAAUCAAGAUUUUCGAGUUCGAUGCAUUCAUGAAUGAUUCUAUUGAUAUCCACUAUCCCGUUGUUGAGAUGUCAAACAAGUCAAAGAUUAGCUGUGUGUGCUGGAACAACUACGUAAAGAAUUAUUUGGCUUCAACUGAUUAUGAUGGCGUUGUCCAGACAUGGGAUGCGGGAACUGGUCAAGGACUCUGUCAAUACAAUGAACACCAAAAGAGGGCGUGGUCUGUCGACUUUUCUCAAGCUGACCCAACAAAGUUUGCCAGUGGAAGUGAUGACUGCUCUGUGAAGCUUUGGAGCAUUAACGAGCAGAAAAGUUCGCUUGGAACCUUGUGGAGCCCUGCAAAUGUCUGCUGUGUUCAGUUCUCUAGUUUCUCUCCGCAUCUGUUGGCAUUUGGAUCGGCUGACUACAAAGUCUAUUGCUACGAUCUCCGUCAUUCUAGAAUCCCCUUGUGCACACUGGCUGCCCAUGAAAAAGCUGUUAGCUAUGUCAAAUUCUUGGAUUCCAACACCCUUCUCUCUGCAUCCACUGACAACACCCUGAAGUCAUGGGAUCUCAAGAAAACUUGCUCGGAUGGAUCGACCACCAAUACUUGCUGCUUAACCUUUAGUGGCCAUAAAAAUGAGAAGAACUUUGUGGGUUUAACUGUCUUGGAUGGAUAUAUAGCAUGUGGUUCAGAAACGAAUGAGGUCUAUUGUUAUUAUAGAUCUCUGCCAAUGCCCAUCACUUCGUAUAAGUUCGGGUCUGUUGAUCCUAUUUCUGGGCAUCAAACCGGUGAUGAAAAUGGGCAGUUCGUUUCAAGUGUCUGUUGGAGACAAAAGUCAAACAUGCUUGUUGCUGCCAACUCAACUGGAAGUAUAGAAUUACUGAAACUAGUGUGAUGAAAACCUUUCCCCAAAAUCAGUUCUGCUCAAUAACCUGUAAUUAGCUUGGUCGUCCUAAAGAUAGAUUACAUUUACUUUGAGAAACCCAUGAUUUGGUUCAAUUGCAGAGGCUGAAGGGUAAAAAUGAGAGCAAAAACUUGUGCACCAACUUUGAGUCUGCCUUCAAUUGAGUGUGCCCAUGCACGCAGUCAUAUUACUCUCUGGUUUCCUACUAAAACUGCUAUGGCCGUUGGAGUAUGGCAUCUUUACAAGUGCAUGACCAUAAGCCUUAACCACUUGGAAUUGGAAGUUAAAGAUGACAAUACUCUUCUCAGUUGUUGGCGGCCUGCAGAUUUAUCUCGACUGCUCCUUGUGAACAGCGUUGCAUUUAACUUUAAUGGCAACCUUGAUGAGGGGUGGCACCAAAAAUUUUCUUGGGUUGCAAUAGUUCAUGAGCAAAAACAUUACUGAUAGACUUAGUAGCAGAAGAAGUAUGUGCCCCCCCAAGACUUUUGUGUUUAAGAAACAUUCAACAAUGCUUCUUAGUUCUUAAAGAGUUAGGAGGCAUUUUGCUUAUUGGUUUGUAGAUAUUAGUUCCUUUAUGAUUAAUUCCAUAAAGUUUCUCGCUAUUGCGAACAAAUAGAAAACUAGCCUUUCUGAUUGAGAAGUAGUUUGUAGAUCUCUAUGGAUGUGAGGGACCUUCCCACCAUUACAAAAUGGAAAUCCCUUGAGAUUUUAACUGUUAUAUAUGUUUCUAUUUGCUGACUAUAGUAUUGUUGUAAAGGCCCUUAGACAGCACCUAUAUACAGUUUGUAUGUAUUUAAUAGCGUCAUUAGGAUUUGAUUAUCUUACUUA